AUGACGGAACCAGACCGCUCACGCCGCAAUGGCCAGAGCUCAUCCAAGUCCAAGCAGCAUUUCGAGGUCGCUGCCGACGAGUACCAGGCUCCCUUUCAGAUGCCAUCGAAGAAGAUCGACGCAGAAGCAACUACCGAUGACUCACGUGUAGCCGACUUUGCCUCUUCACCCUACUUUGACGAUCAGGAAGCUCGUGAAGCCAUCGAGUGGGCAAAAUCGCAGCAGCAAGCUGAACUCGACGCCGGCACCGAUGAAGCCUCCGGAGGCGCCGUCGAGAUCGGUCGAAGGCGUCGGCGGGAUAGCCAGGUCGGCAGUUACGAUGAGGGCGGAAGCAUCUUCGAUGGUCCCGGUGCCGGUGCUGUUCCGAGUUCGGUGAGCAGUAUGCGCCACGAGAUGGCCAGGCCGGAGCUAGGCCGUAGGACCUCUCGCAGUUCUCGCCGCCGCAUCUCGUUGGAGGGCCGUUCACCACGUCGCACCCGCAAGCUUUCGAGUGCAUCUGCGCAGAGCGAACAGAGCGAGGCUGUCACUAUCUCGAGUGAGAGAAGUGUCUCUCCAGACUCGGUUGCUGGUCGCCGCAAGCCAGCCAGUCAACGCAGCGGCAGCACGUACCACUUUGGUCGCAGGAAGCGCGUUCCUGAAGAUGCCGACCUCACGGGGUCCAGUCAGCCCAAAGGUAUGCUCGGCUCCAUUCUCGCCUCCAUCCGUGGCGACCGGGCUGACGAUGAUAACGAUGAUGCUCGAAGCCGCCGAUCAUCUUCUCGACCUCUUCUCUCCCGUCGACGAUCGUCAGGCUCGGUCAUCUCAACCCGCACCGGCAGGUCAGAUGCAGGCCGCGAUGACGAAGACGAAGACGAGGAUUACGACAACAGCAGAGGCUGGAGCGACGACGACUACGGCUUUGACGACGAAGACGACGACGACGAUUCAUACCAUUCUUCCGACGACGAUGCGUCCAACCGCAACGGCAUCCUUCCUUCAGCUUUCGGUACACUCAGCGGUGCAGUCGACCCCGUCUUUGGAGACACGCGCUUUUCCACUGAUCAUCCGCCCGAGGAUGACCUGGACGCUGAGCUCGCCGGUCGCGAUCUUGAAGAAGGAGAAGCCAAUGGAUUCGGCCGCUCCGAGGGCGAUCUCGGCGCCAGCGCGCAGUCACGCGGUCGAACAGCCGCGAGCAGCAGUGCCCAAGCAAAGGAGGAGAUGAGCUACCUCGACAAAGCCUCGAGGAGCAGGCAGCAAGUCUAUCUGACCGAAGAGGAUACUCUCAUUCGCUUCACUGGCUACAAGACGCUCGUCGGUAACCAGAUUAUCUAUUCGAUCGUCUGUUGCCUCACGCUAGGCAUCGUCUACCUUAUCGGUCGAUGGCUGCCUCGUUUCCGACUCAGGUACGUCUGCAAAGAGGUCGAAUUCGAAAAGGCCGAAUUCGUCAUGAUCGAGAAUCAGUGGGGAGAUCUUCACAAGGAGAGAUGCACCACCAUUCCAUUCGCCCGCCCUCUCGCCACGGUCUUCCCGCACUCUUCGCGUGAGCCACCUGCUACUCAAGCUGAAGCACAAUCCAUGCCCACCAUGAACCUGCCUCCUGAGCUUGUCAGCAAGAGCAGCGCACCUUCAAAGAACACCUCGGCAAAGAGCAGCAUCGUCAACGGCGGCACACCUUCAAAUGGCGUCAACGGCACCAGCCACGGAGCUGACACGUCUACUACUACUGGCGGUCUCGCCAUGCUCUCCGGUGUUCAGACCGAGCAGCUCAUGGACCUCACCUUUUUCGACCAUCGUUAUACCCGGUACGCACUGCAUCCGCCCUCUGGCCGCCUCCGCAUGAUCAAGGACUGGCGGGACCCACUGUGGACCUCGCUCGCCGCCAUCAACAACGGCAUCAGCUUCGACGCAGAGAAGGAUCGCACGACCGUCUUUGGUAAGAAUGCCAUCGAGAUCCAGGCCAAGUCCACGUGGCAGUUGUUGGUCGACGAGGUGCUUCAUCCAUUCUACAUGUUCCAGAUCGUCUCGAUCAUCCUCUGGUCCUUCGACAACUACUACUACUACGCCUUUUGCAUCGCCGUCAUUUCGCUCGUCUCGAUCUUCACCACACUCCUCGAGACGCGUCAGACGGUCAACCGCAUGCGCGAGAUGAGUCGCUUCUCGUGCGACGUCCGCGUACUGCGCGAAGGCAAGUGGCAGGUGCUCGAUUCGAACGAUCUGGUCCCCGGUGAUGUCUACGACGUAGCCGAACCCGGCCUGCUGCUCUUCCCCGCUGAUAGUGUCCUGCUGAGUGGCGACGCCAUCGUCAACGAGAGCAUGCUUACAGGUGAAAGUGUCCCUGUCAGCAAGGUGCCGCUGACCACGACCAGCAUGGCGGGUCUUCACGCAGCUGGCACCGAAGUGACUGCGGAUCUUGCCAAACACUUCCUCUUCUCUGGCACACGCAUCAUCCGUAUCCGUGGAAGCGGGUCCACUGACAAGAACGAGGCUGGCGCCAAGGCGAUGGUGGUUCGCACCGGAUUCAACACCACCAAAGGUGCCCUGGUGCGCAGCAUGCUGUUCCCCAAGCCCAUGGGAUUCAAGUUCUAUCGCGACUCUUUCCGCUUCAUCGGCUUCCUCGCUAUGAUUGCGGGUAUUGGUUUCACCUUUGCUGCUGUCAACUUUGUCAAGAUCGGCAUUGCUUGGCACAUCAUUGUCAUCCGUGCGCUCGACCUGAUCACGGUCGUGGUCCCUCCCGCCCUUCCAGCUACGAUGUCGAUCGGUAUCUCGUUUGCCAUCAAUCGUCUGCGCAAAGUCGGUAUCUUCUGCAUUUCGCCCAACCGCGUCAUCAUCGGUGGCAAGGUCGAUGUCUUUGCCUUUGACAAGACCGGUACGCUCACCGCCGAGGGUCUGGACGUGCUUGGUACGCGUACCAUCGAUCUCAAAGCCGGCAGAUUCAGCGAGCUGCACGAGACGGUCGAGGAGAUGCCGGUCGGCGCCGGUGCCAAGACGGAUGCAGACGCGCGAAAGAUGCCUCUGCUGUAUGCUAUGGCAACCUGUCACUCGCUCAAGGUCGUCGAUGGAGAGGUGAUCGGCGACCCGCUCGACGUCAAGAUGUUCGAGUACACCGGUUGGACCUUGGACGAGGGCAAAGAUCGCUCGGCCAAAGCCACCACCAAAUCCGGAACCGCCAAGAACGGCAAGUCGAAGCUAACGGAACGACCGCCUGCGCUGGUUCAGACCGUUGUGCGUCCACCGGGCGGCCAAGCCUUCGAGGUGGAAGAUGCCAUCAAAUCAGGCCGCCACGCACACUUCCUGGAGCUAGGAGUGCUGCGCACGUUCGAGUUUGUCAGCUCGCUGCGUCGAAUGUCGGUCAUCGUCAAACGUCUCAAGUCGCAGUCGAUGGAAGUGUUUGUGAAAGGUGCACCGGAAGUGAUGGCUGACAUCUGCGACAAGGACACCUUCCCCGCGGACUACGAUGAUCUGCUCUCGUACUACACCAAGCACGGCUACCGUGUCAUCGCAUGCGCGGGCAAGUCGAUGGCGGGGAUGAGCUGGAUCAAAGCACAACGCAUGCGUCGAGAGCAAGCCGAGAGCGGGCUGCGAUUCCUCGGUCUGAUCAUCUUCGAGAACAAGCUGAAGGAAGGCAGUGCGCCCGCGAUCGAGGUGCUCAGGAACGCCAACAUCGUGACCAAGAUGGUGACGGGUGACAAUCCGAGGACGGCCAUCAGUGUGGCGAGGGAGUGCGGCAUGGUGGGUCAGUCGGCGCACGUGUUCAUGCCGACGUUUGUCGAGGGCGAUCAGAGGAGCCCGAGGGCGGUGAUCGAUUGGUCGAGCGUCGACGAUGAUCGGAUCAAGCUGGAUGCUUACAAUCUGCAGCCCAGGGAGGUGGACCCGCACGUGCUGGAUCUGGAGGAGUUCGACUUCCAGGACUAUCAGCUGGCCUUGACGGGCGACGUGUUCAGGUGGAUGAUCGACUUUGCGCCCAUCGAGACGGUGAGGAGGAUGCUCAUCAAAGGAACCAUCUUUGCACGAAUGUCGCCGGACGAGAAGCACGAGCUGGUGGAGCGACUGCAAGCGCUCAACUACUGCGUAGGGUUCUGCGGUGAUGGUGCCAACGACUGCGGUGCGCUCAAGGCGGCCGAUAUCGGCAUCUCGCUCUCGGAAGCGGAGGCGUCGGUUGCGGCGCCGUUCACAUCGAACCGAGGCGACAUCUCAUGCGUGCUCGAUACGAUCGCCGAAGGACGUGCGGCGCUGGUGACGUCGUUCAACUGCUUCAGCUACAUCUGCUUGACGUCGCUGAUCCAGUUCUCGUCGGUGUUGCUCAUGUAUUCGAUCGGCAGCUCGCUGUCGGAUGGACAAUUCAUGUUGGCGGACUUCUCGGCGCUGUUGUUGAGCGUGUUCUCGGCUAGGACUGGACCGCCGUAG